GGGUUUUAUGUAUCAGGAAGAAGGUUUCAAGUUAGCUCGUUGGCUAAUGUUAAUGUAACUUCUUACGUAUAUAUUAUACCAGAUUAUUCAGGUUCUCUGUAUUAAUCGCUGGUAAUAGAAAGUAACGUUAUGCAAUUGCGCUGGUAACGCGCAUCUUAAGCUUUGGCUGGCUACCUACUGGUGGUGUAUUUCUUUGAUAUAAUGCUGUAGUCAGCUAACCUACAGUAGCUAGGUAACAGUGCAGCAUGAAACCCAUGAUAAUGAGGCAGUGUGUUCUUCAUGGACCCAGUGGAUCAUGUCUCUGAUCCUGUUUGCCUUUGUGGUUCGGGUCAGGGAUGGACUUCCCCUGUCAGCCUCCACAGACUUUGAACACAACCGAGAGCUCCAGGAGAGGAAGCAGCAGCUCAGGACCAUCAGCAAGGCGCUGGCCCGUUUCCCUUACAGAGGGACCGUCAAGGGCCAGAGGCUCAACAUAUACUUCGUCUCGUCAGAGGGUGUAUCCUACAUGACCGUGUGCCACUGUAGCCUCCCUGUUGCUAAGGCCUUCUGCUUCCUGGAAGAUCUGCGCUGGGAGUUCACAGCAUGCUUCAAUAGCACCGUUGUUGCCUUGGCAGCCAGGCCAUAUCCAUUUUUGGAAUUUGACAGCACCAUUCAGAAGCUGAAGCAGCAGUACAACCAGAGCGGAGGUCCGGCUCUGGAGGUGACACUGGCAGAGGUCCAGGAGGAUCUGAGGAUCCAUCCACCACAAGUAAUUAACUUGGAUGAAGUGGAGCUCACCAACGGCACUGCAAAUGGGCACAUGGAGCAAGGUCCUGGAUCUGGUCAGAAUGUAAGACUCGAACCAGUGACAGCGCCAGGCAUCCUCUCUCUGGUCCUAAAUAUCAUGUGUGCAUCUUUGAACAUAAUCCGUGGUGUUCACAUCAUAGAGUACACAUUCCAGGAUGAUUUGGAGGGUAUAUGGAAUGUUGUGGCAUUUCUUCUGGCGUUUGUCUGCUGUGUGUUUCAGUGCCACCUCUACCUGUUCCACUCAUCUCUGAAGAAACUCAAGUCCUUCACUCUGUUGAGUGCGAUCGUCCUAUGCAACCUCUACCUGCUUGGCCUGAGGAAUGCGUGGCAGCUGAUCUUCCACAUUUCAGUCGCCUCUCUCUCCACCCUCCUCAUCCUCACCCGCAAACUCCAAGACAGGGCCGAUGACUGUGGGGUCUGAGGAGCAGAGGACAGUUUAUUGCGCUGCACCACCCACAGCUCUUUGUGUCUCCAGUUUUAGGUGCAGGUGAAAAUGACAGGAUCCACAUUUGUUAUGGAGAUGUUGUGGAUUUUUAUGAAAAAACAUAUUCAUUAAUUUUGUGUCAUCAUGGAAAAUUAUAAUUACAAGUAAAUAUUUUCUUGUAUACAGUAUGUACUUGCACUUUGUGUACAUUGUUUCUAAGACUGUAAAGAGUAUACAGUGAAAUGCAGUUCUUUCUGGAUCCUUAUAAGUAUCCUUUAUCAAAAAAUAACACUGCAAACAGAUACUGAAAGAAAAGUUUGGGAUGUGGUUAAAAGAGAUGUCUGUUUUAGAAACAAAAUGUUGAUCGAUCUAAGUCAGUGCCGUCCUGUCAAUUCAAUGUUUUUGGAGAAAAUGAAGUGAGUUUUUUUUCAUUUUUAUCACAGCCCUAACUGUUGAAGCUGGUCACGCUUGCGAUUUUAUAAUUAAGAUGCAUUUCUGCUAUCAUUCAGCUCAGUAUUAUUUCUGCUGCCACAGGCGAUUAUCUUUGCAGUUUACAACACAAGGUGACAUUUUGUGAUUGUAACAGACAUUAUAUUUAAUUGUACUUUUAAAAUAGGCACACAUGGCUGAUUAGCAGAUAGUUAGGUUGAAUAUCCAGCACUGGUGGCAUUGUGAUACUUAAUUUAGUGUAGUUUGAUUUAAGAUCAGUGACAGUCCACUGAUUUGUUUUCCAUUAUUUGUUCAUUAGGCUACAGUAAAGACCUAAUGCAAAGGUGUAAAUGCAAAGCUAUGGGUUGUUAAUGCCUUACUGUGUUGUAAUUGUGUUGACUUAUAUACAGAUACACUGGCAAGUGUUGCAGAGGUUCAAAUGUAAGGGCUUUGUUAUUUAAUGACUUAAUGGAAAUUCCAUUCUAUACAGAGGAACAAUUAGUUUUAUAGUCAUGUAAGGCAUGAUGUUAAGGCAUGUUAUCUUACUAUUUUCAACACAAUUUGUGAUAAAAGGAGAAUUGUAUCGCAUUAACUCCAUUUUAAACCCAUUUUGUACGAUCAAAGCAAAUUUAGAUAUUUUAGUUUGUCUUUUUCAUCUUUUUCUACUGAUCUCUACAUUGUCAAAAUGUAAACUGCGGGUAAGAAUAUGAAAGCACUGAUUUGAUGGGUAAAAAUGUUUGACUGCACUAUUCGGUUUAGAUUUAUUUUGUGUUGGGUAUGGAAAUUGUUCUUGAAUGUGUUCCGUGUUGGGUUUAGCUAAAAUGAUAUUUAUAUCCUGAUUUAUGUUUACUGUACUUGGUUGAAUUUUUUUCAUUCUUUCUUUCUUAGGGAGUGGUGAACCCCAAUCUGUAGUUCUCAGAUUGUUUGAAACAUAGAAAUCAUAUGGUUAUAAUCUAUGUUUGAAUAUAGAACACAUCACAGUAGCGCUGAUGCAUAACUAGGCUAAAUAGAUGUCUCAUUGUAGUUAAUUAUUUUUUAACAUUUUGUGUAAUUAGCUUCUUAGACAUUCAGUUUUUAAUAGCUAAACAGUUGCACUCUGUAAAGCGAGGGAAGUAAAUUAUUAGUUUAUAGUGUUUGUCAAAAUACGUAGCGUUGUGUCCUUUACAUCACACUAUUCCCUUAUUUUAUCAAGAAAGAGGAAAUUUUAAGUAAAACACAAUCAUCUGAUAAUUCAAAUGUUCCUUCACUAUAAUGUACAAAUAGUUUGGAAAAGUCUCUUUAAGCUUGUAAUUGAGUGAGGAAACUCAGAUGUUUUCACUGGAAGCAUAAAAUGUAACGUAGCUGCAGAUAACACAGUUGAGCCUCUUAUUAAUACAUUUUCAAUUUGUUCUCAAGUAGGUUGUGCCAUCCAGAUAUUUUGGUAAAUUACUCAGAAUUAGACUGGCUCAGUGAGCAGCCUUUUGAUGCUGUGUUCAGCCAUAUGACAGAGGAAUAAACUGUUGAGGUUUUCUUGGACAGGGUCAACGCAAAUUUCGAAUACCAUAAAUCAUUUUGUAAGAGUUUGUUAUGCUGCGUGGAAUUUUCUGUGCAGGACAUUGGUGAUGCUGUAAUAUUUUUUAUACAAAGGAGGUUUUACUGACUCACCAUUUCCACUGUAGCCUACAAGGUGUUGACCAAAUGAAUUGUAAAAUAAUGUCGCCACCGAUGUUAUGAAGAUGUAGAACCAAAUAAUGUGGAGGAUAUUUUAACACUUGAAAUGAAAAUGAAGGAAAAUUAUGUUGAUUAUGAAGGUUUAUAACAUACAGCAAAACUACACUGUACGGUUGAAACAUGUGGCAACCUUCUCUUUAUAUUUUUUUCUUUUAUCAACAUCUGAAGUCUUCAGCUAAUCUGAACACAGGUAACAGUUUGAAACUCAUUCAGUUUCAGAAGGCCAACCUGAAGUAUGUUUAAUAGAACAUUUGUAUCUAAUUAGACUCACAUAAGGUUGAUUCAGUGUUUUCUGUGGCUGCAACCUGUUUGUAAUAAUGGGAAGUAAUGUAACAAUGUCAUUCAUUGUAACUGCCAAAUACAGUGGUGAUGACAGGGCUUUAUUUUUUCCUGCGGUGGUAAAACUGACAUUUCAUUAAUAAAUAGUGUCUUUUUUUCCUUUU